UUUCCUUUCUCUACCUUCAGCGCAAUCCUGGUACAAUCGUUCUAAUUUCAAUUGCAUGUUUCAGGUUGACUUUAUACUGUACGUUUCACAGGGACCAGAAGCCUCCCGCAAUUCAAACGUUCAAUGUGCAGGAGCGGCUUCGGCUUGAAUGUGGGGAGGCCGGGUCAAAGGGAAACCACGAGGAGGUCAUCAAUCUCCCGACAGCGAAUAGAACUUCAAAGACCAACUGUGUCACUCGUCAGUGUUCAAACAACAUAUUGAUACUAUAUUGGAGAAACUGGAAUUCCAACAUGGCUGCCACUCGAAGAUUAGUAAAGCCAGCCCUCUUCAUUUGUGAUCUUCAAGAGAAAUUUCGCUCAGCUAUUCACGAAUAUGGGCGUGUAAUCACCACGACACAGAAGCUACUCAAAGCCUGCCGGAUCCUCGACAUUCCCGUAUUCGCAACAACCCAACUCCGAGCCAAACUUGGAGAGACAUGCAGCGAGCUUGGCCUCGAUAGCCCAGACGGUAUCAAGACACACGCUCACGUCGACAAGAGCGCCUUCUCGAUGUUUGUGCCAGAGAUCCGCGAUGCUUUCAAGAAGCUUGGUGGUGAGGCAAGAGAGGUCAUCAUCGUCGGCAUCGAGAGCCAUAUUUGCGUCACACAGACAACGCUUGACCUGCUCAAAGAAGGUCAUAAGGUUUACAUCAUUGCCGACGGGGUCAGUAGCUGCAAUAAGGAGGAGGUUCCCAUCGCUUUGGCGAGAUUGAGAGCUGAGGGCGCUGUUGUGACCACUAGCGAGUCCUGGCUGUACGAGUGCAUGGGAGACGCUUCGGUGCCGGAGUUCAAGCAAAUUGCAGGCUUAGUUAAGGAGUAUAACUCCAAGACAAAGGAGGGGCUUCAAGCUCUGUGUAGAAUCUAGAUGUUGAUGGUAGUAGACGUCUGCAUGGAAUUUAUCCACAAGUGUCGACAAGCGCGUGUUCUGAGAUCACAUAUUACAGUAGCACCGUACUGUGCAGACGGGUGUGAUGGGAGAUAUGAUAGGCCGAGCAAUAUCGAAAC